CGUCACUGGCGAUGAUGACGUCACUGGCGAUAAUGACGUCACAGGUGUGGAUGACGGAAAAAUGAUAUGCCACAGGGAUAUGUGUAAAAUAUGCCACCAUUACCGGAAAAUGAAAGCCUGUGUGGUUGCAAAGGCAACCAGGAGAGGGAUGGGUCUCGGGCUGGUUGUCAACCACCACAUCCUCCUGAAGGAAAGACUGAGAAAUGGUUCGAGACCGGAAGUUCAACCGCUCUGUGGGCUGCUUCAGAAUCCCACGAGACGACAUCGACGCACUUCCGGAACUCCAAAGCUUGUUCAGUGCGUUCAUGCAGGGCUUUGGCAUUUCUGGUGACCGAACAUCCGGUGGUGGCGCCAUUACUGACGACAGGACAGGCGGAAAAGAUGAAACGUUACGGUUCGGGGGAACAUAACGAUCAGAUGCGUUUAGAUUGA